UCCGUGAAAUUACUCGAACUGCACAUUAUUGGGAAACACCCCGUCAUUUUUCACAGGGAGUGCUUGCCCAGGGACUGCCACUGCUUAAGUAGAUGUUAAGUUGGCUCCUACAUGAAAAUUAGACGCCAGGAGAUCUGAACUGGCUGUGGCUCACAAAAAAAAUAUACAUCUGAGACGUUCUAGCAAGGAAUCCUGAGGUGAACAAGAUAUUUUGGGACUGGUGCUUAUCCAUUGGGUGUGGGGCAUAUUUCAGUGGGUGAGCAACAGGUGACCUCAGUGAAUAACAGGAGCACUGUCCCUAACCACACAGCAAAACACUGCUGUGGUCCUUACAAGUGUCAGUUGUUUUUUUAUUCCCCAUUUGGCAAACCCUUAUGCAAAAAAGUGAUGAAAGGAGGACCCAGGACUCUAUCAACCGGCUGGCCAGAAACGGGACAGCUUGCGUCCUACGGGUUUGCGUGGGACGUGGGGACACAGAGGCAGCCACACGAAGCAGCGUUUCCCCGGCAUCCUGUGUCUGUGAUUACUGGCCAGAGCUGUCCAGAAGCUCACUUGUGGCAUCAUCCGAGCAUGGGGCUGAAUGGAGGGCAGUGGUGGGCGGAGCCAGGCUGCUGAGGGGCGGAGCUUUCUUCUGAGUAAUGGUAUAAGACAGCUGGCCUCGGACAGGUAGGGCGUAGAUCUCAGAGUGCUCUGCGAUUGACCUGCAUCUCGGCCUUGAGGAUCCGUUCUGAGCCUGCAGCCCUGGGGUCUUAUGUUCAUAGAAGAUCACCUUGAAGAUGAUGAGGAACCGCCUUUACAGCGCAGCCCUUGUGCUCCUUGCUCUGUUCAGCCCCGGGGAUUCUCAGGCGGCAGCGCAGUGUGGGGGAGGGCAGGUCCUGACCAGCCAGGGGUGUGUCUGUCUGCACUGUCCACGCGGGCAGGAGCCCAACCAGCCUUGCGGGAGAGCUGUGGAGGCGGCCGGGGUCCUGCGAUGCCAGGCGUGCCCCGCGGGCACCUUCUCGGACGGCUAUGACGCGGAGCCAUGCCGGCCUCACCGCUCAUGCAGCGCCCUGAACCGCGUGCUCGUCUGGCCGGGCCGGGCCCGCAGCGACACCCUCUGUGGGCGCUGUUUACGCGGGUUCUCCAGCCCCACCGAAGCGACGCCCGGAGGCCUCCAGGCCUGUGUGACAUCACCGCUGGAUCCGCUGGUGCGUGUGGCCCGCAGCGUGAGCAAGAGCACCCCCCAUGUCAACACCACCAAUGUGCGUGGCACAGAUGAGACGGCGGAGUACGCCGUGUUCGCGCUGGUGCCCGUCUUCUGCGUCACGGGGCUGCUGGGCAUCCUCAUCUGCAACAUCCUGAAGAAGAAGGGCUACAACUGCACGGGGGACAAAGAGGGCGGAGUUGCAGAGGUGGGCACGCCCCAUAAGGAGGCGAGUUCCGGCCCGUACAUCGUGGAUGACCCCAACGAAGACACCAUCAGCGUCCUGGUGCGCCUCAUCACAGAGAAGAAAGAGAAUGCAGCCGCUCUGGAGGAGCUUCUCCUGGAGUAUGAGAGCCAGCAGGCAGCCAUCAACAAGACCUCAGCCCUCAAGUUGCCAGCUCUGCCUCCCCUGGUCCAGUUCCGCUCGCUGCCUCGCCUGUGCCCACACCAGCGCCAUCCUCACACCAUCAACGGGCUGGCCCUCCACUCCGGCACGUACUGCUGUUCUCGCUGCAGCCAAAAAAAAUGGCCUGAGCUUCUGUUGACUCCUUCUACCCAUAAUCAUGCCCAGGACCAUUCCCACAAGCAAAAGGGCGAGGCCAACAAGCCUGCCCAGGCAUCGCUGCCCGGGGAGGUCACCAUUCUAUCUGUGGGCAGGUUCCAAGUGGCUCAGAUCCCAGAUCCCCUGGAUGCAAACAGCCCCGAACUGAGUGACAAUGACUCAGUGGACACGGCACGCAUGGAGCCCGCCGAAGAGACGUCCCUGCUUGGAGUUCACUCCUCUACCUCCUCCAUCGGCCAGCGGACGAAGAGCAAGCAGGAGGUAAACUGCUAAGAAGAACGGCAUUCUGGGAGAUGGCUCACCUCUGGAAGAAGUACCCAAGACCCCGAUGGCAGUGAGGGUGUGUGUGGGGGGCUGGUUGGACACUGCAGAGUUUUAAUUGCAUUUAUCACAAAAUACCCAGUUAUCACAUAAUAACCAGUUUUAAGCUUCUAAUUAGGAAGAUGGGGACUGUAAUAAUGACCUCUACAGUUGUGCUUCCAGAAGGGAACCCCCGUGUGUUCUGUACACCUCACACACCAGCUAGACACCCCAGCUUGGGGGUGGGAUAUUCAAGAGCGUAGGUUUGUCAUUAGUGGUAUCUGGACGGAUGCGAUUAUGAGAUUCUUCGGCUGCAGCAGCUAAAACAGGCCUUGCUUGAGCUGCAUGUUCCGCGACGGUCGGAGCCGCUCCUGCCUCUGCCUUUCAACAUGAGCAAUAAGCAAUAAGACAGUACUGUAAAUGUCAGGUGCAGAAUGUCUUCAUCUCUUUUUAAAUCAAGCCGCCGGUACUGACUGUCCGAGCUGGACACGCCGUGACCCAGGCGGAGAUUCCUUCUUCCACAGUCUGAUUUUGGUUCAGGUUCUUUUAAUUUUUUUUAAUGGGUUCUGCGAGGGAGUAAGAACUUGCAGUGGCUGCAGUUUCUGUGCAGUGGCUGACUCUCCUGAUUGGACAUGCCUGCCCUGCGAUCUGCUUCUGCUUCGCCCUUUCUUGUUUUGGCUUAUGCAAACAAUCAAAAAAAAAAAAUUCUCGAACUUCGACAAAAGCCUUUAUAGAAAUGUACUCAACAGAUUCUCCACUGCUUCAGUUCUUAACAGUUCGGUUUUGUCUAGUAUUAAAGGAGGCCUCCUGCAUCAAAGCUUUUUAUAAUAAGCUGUUUAUGUGCAAUCAUAGCAUAAUUGUGUAGCGUAAGAGUAUACAGCAUUUGUGACCACCAGGGGGUGAUGUUUCAUCCUGCCACAGUUUCUCUUAAAGCAUGAGGCACCUGGUCAGUUUGGUUUGGGACACAGAGUGCAGCCACAGGGCUUGUGUGCAGCUCAGCCCGGCUAACCAUGGUGCGCAGCCCACCUGCGUGGGAUGAGAGUCAGGAGCUGAGCGUGAGAUCAGAGAUGUGCGGGACAACUCGCUGAUAUACACGUAUAAGCAUACUACCGUCCGAAGGGAAGAUGGCCACCUUUCCAAGAGCCAUCAAGCUAAUUCAUCUUUGCGGUGGAAUAAGCUUUAACAUAAAUAUCUUGCAUGAUCCUCCAAAGAUCUGCGCUGUUGGUGUUGUAUUUGAUCAUCAAGGCAUUGAAGUACAGCUCUCAGUGUUUUUACUACUUACAGUGAAUUUUGUCUGCUUCAGUCAGUGGCGUAAAUCGCCAACUUACCACGGCAUUACAGUUUGGUUAUGGCAGUUUACAUGACAUUUAUACACACAGAGAGAGGGUGUGUUUUUCUUUUUGUAUUUUGUAUGUUUUUCACUUCCUUUUUACAUCUGUGUCCUUCAAUGUCCUCCCUCAGGACACGUCCAUAUGUGUCUUCUGACCCGUGUUAACUGUCAUGGUUUAAAAAACAUUUGUCUGUAUGACCUGGCAGGUAUUAUUUAUUUUAUUGCAGAUUCUUGAAAUUUGUACUCUAAAUAAAGAACCAAUUUAUUUAAACGUG